UUCUAGGGUUCCAGCAUCUCAAUCAUCAUCUUUAUCCAUUAUCCGGGAGAAAAAGCAUUAAUUCUAGAGUUUGCAGGCUUGUAAGAAGAAAAAUGAGCUGGCGAAGAGUAGCAAAGUCCCUACAGGCUUUCUCUGCUCAUACUUUACUCUUCUGCUUUACCCUCUUGCUCGUUCUCAAAUUGGAUCACCUUAUCUUCUCCUCUUGGUGGGUUGUCUUUUUCCCACUUUUCAUAUUUCAUGUAGUUGUUGCCAGAGGAAGAUUCUCUUUACCUGCACCUUCAGCUCCCCAUGAUCAUCAUUGGGCACCAUGUCAUGCAAUUGUUGGCAUGCCUUUGCUUGUUGCAUUUGAACUUCUUCUUUGUGUCUUUCUGGAGAGUGUCUAUGUUAUGAAAGUUCCUGCUGUUAACUUGAAGAUGGUCUUUCUUCCCUUGUUGGCAUUUGAAAUAGCAAUUCUUAUUGAUAAUAUCAGAAUGUGCAAAGCUUUACUACCAGGUGAUGAGGAAAAUUUGAGUGAUGAUGCAAUAUGGGAGACACUUCCUCAUUUUUGGGUUUCUAUCUCCAUGAUCUUCUUCAUAGCUGCUACCUUAUUCACCCUUCUGAAGCUAUCUGCAGGUGAUAUAGGCGCUUUAGGUUGGUGGGACUUGUUCAUAAAUUUUGGAAUUGCAGAGUGCUUUGCAUUUCUUGUUUGCACAAAGUGGUCUAAUCCUGCGAUUCACAGAGAUUCCCAAACACCUGAAGCCAGUUAUCCAUCGACAUCUGUCAGAUAUCUGAACUGGAAUAAUGGCUUACUGGUCUCCUCAGAUGGUAUUUCUGAAGAUAGAAUGUGUGGUCUUCAAGACAUAGGUGGUCAUAUUACCAAAAUACCCAUCAUUGUCUUUCAAAUCCUGCUUUGUAUGCACUUGGAGAGAAAACCUUUUGCUGCUAGUUUUAUCCCUCUUUGGGUAGUCUUCUCUCCUUUACUUGUACUUCAAGGAGCAGGAGUUCUUUUUUCAGCAUCAAGAUUGGUGGAGAAAAUUGUCAUUUUACUACGUGCGGGGUCCAGUACAGGAAGAUAUUUUAUUUUUUCUGCAAGAGCACGUGACUGCUUUGGGUAUUUGUACCAUGGUUCUAGGUUGCUUGGUUGGUGGUCUAUUGAUAAAGAAAGUCAAGAAGAACAGGCACGACUUUACCACGAUGGAGCAUCGGGUUAUAAUACUUUUUGUGGAUAUCCACCUGAAGUAGUAAAGAAAAUGCCCAAGAAGGAUCUUGCUGAGGAGGUUUGGAGACUUCAGGCUGCUCUUGGUGAGCAAACUGAAAUCAAGAAAAUCAGCCAGCAGGAAUAUGAAACACUUCAAAAUGAAAAAAUUCUGUGUAGGGUUUGCUUUGAAAGAGAGAUAAGCAUAGUACUCCUCCCUUGUCGCCAUUGGGUUCUUUGCAGUGUGUGCUCUGAAAAGUGUAAAAAGUGUCCUAUUUGUCGUGUUAAUAUUGAGGAGCGAUUACCUGUAUGUGAUGUAUAGCUUUUAGUAGUUGUGAAGUUGCAAAGAAGAAACUCGAGUGGGGAUGCAAUUUUUUUUUUUUUUUUUGCAAGUUCCUUGUAACAUUAUAGUACAUUUUGCAUUAUUUUGGUUGGCAAAAUGUAAAUGUAAAAAAAAUACAAAUAGUUGUAUAAAGUUAUUAUAACAGU